GUUGACAGUUGACAUUGUUGUUAUAAAAGUUGAUGUCACCUGACUUUACAAUAAUUAUUAAAACUAUCGUAAUUUUGGAUCAACUUUCAUUCAAGAUUAAGAAGUUAUUGAUCAUAAACUUAUACUGCAUAUUUUAUUAUUAUUAGCGUUGCAUUAUUUCGUCUGUAUAAUUAGUGAGAGCAGUGGUACAUAGUGGGUAUUAUUUUGUGAAAUAUUUAUUUGAUUAUUCAGAUAAGAUACAAAUAUGUAACUACUCCGAUUGGACGUUGUUUAUCAGUUGUGUGGAAUGUAAAGAGGGAUAAUGAUUUAUAGUGUGUAAUUACUAUAAUGUUACCAUUUUCCCUGAGUUCAUCAGUUCGCCCGUUCACUCUGUUAAUUCCGUUACUCUUAAUACAAGUGAACAGUUCAGCCGCAAACAUGGACGCUAAAGCACUCUCGUCUGCAGUUGCCAAAUUUUCGGCGAAGUUCUGUAAUGAACUAGAUAAAUCCAAGAGUGUGGUAUCUUCGCCUCUGUCUGCUGAAUACUUGCUGGCUUUGCUAGCUCUUGGCACUACGGAGCCUGCCCAUAGCGAACUGCUCACGGCCCUCGACAUCCCUGAUAAUGAUAGCAUCCGAUCCUCAUUCGGCGCAGUUUCCGCUAAACUGAAAGGUAUUAAAGGUGUUACAUUUAACGUCGCCAAUAAGAUAUACAUUAAAGAUGGUGGCUAUGAGCUAGUGCCCGAGUUGAAAGAGGAUGCAGAAAAGGUUUUUGAUGCUGAAUUUGAGAAGGUGGACUUUGAUAACAGCGCUGCUGCAGCAGACCUCAUAAACAAAUGGGUUGAAAAUAAAACGAACGAAAAGAUCAAGGAUCUUUUGUCUUCAGACAGUUUCAAUGCAGACACUCGUUUGGUACUUGUCAAUGCACUUUAUUUCAAGGGCAAUUGGAAAACUCAAUUUGACGCAAUGAACACAAUUGAACAGCCUUUCCAUAUCGACGCUCAAACUUCGGUCAACAUUCCCAUGAUGUUCCAGGAAGAGAAAUUUAAAUACGGCGAGAGUUCCGAUCUCCAGGCUCAGCUGUUAGAGAUGAAAUAUGAAGGAGGCGACGCGAGUAUGGUGAUUGUGUUGCCCAAUGAGAUCGACGGUCUCGACGGAGUCAUGCAGAAGCUGGCCGACGGAUACGACCUCAUGUCGGAGGUGGAGAAGAUGUUCUCUACGAAGGUUAAGGUCACCCUUCCCAAGUUCAAGAUCGAAACGGAAAUUGACCUUAUGGAGGUGCUGCCGCAGCUCGGUAUUAAAGCUAUCUUUGGUCACGGCGAUUCCGGUUUGAGUAAGAUCUUGAACACUGGUGAGCCACUGUACGUGUCCAAAGCCGUUCAGAAAGCGUACAUCGAAGUGAACGAGGAGGGCGCUGAAGCCGCCGCGGCCACAGGGAUGGUGAUGAUGCUCCGGUGCGCGCCGAUGCCGUCGCCGCACUUCCGAGCGGACCACCCGUUCCUAUACCUGCUCGUCGGGCCCAACCGCGCGACGCUCUUCAUUGGCGUCUUUCGUGCCAAAUAAUGUGCAAACAAACGCUUUUCGAUGUCGUUUGCCUUCUGCUCGGCUAUCAUAGGAGAAGAAACGGUGCCUUACUUCACGGCCGACCAUCCCUUCAUAGCAGCGAUCAUCAUUGCCGGCACGCCAUUCUUCAUUGCUACGUACCGCAAUAAUGAGGAAUAAUUACUCUCUCCUUGGAGAACUUCAGUCACCCUUAACACCUCGGAAUAUUGCAUUUACAUGACAAUUAUUAACGCACUAACAUUUUAAAUUUAUUAUAUAUUUAGCAACACAGUAUUAUGUUAAGACUUUACAUUCACGCAUCACAGAAGUACAUAAAAGGUGGAUUAAUUCAAUUUGUCGAGCAGAUCUUUACAUUUUAAAAUGUUACAAAACUUUAAAUAUCAAGUCUAUGACACUUAACGAGUAUAAUAACACAACGAGGAAUAGAUACCCUUAAAUUGUACAAUUAACUACGAUGCCAUAAUGUCAGUGAACUGUUACACUUUGUUACUAAUAGUAUUUAUAAAUGUUUGUACAAAAGAAACACAAUUAUGUAUUUUUUCUACACAUAUUUUAUUUACUGUUGUAAGUAUAAUGUCCACUACGUAUAUAAAUAACAUUUUAAAUUAAUUAUUUAAUAAAAUAUAUAUUUUGUUAAGUAUAUAAA